AUGGUAGUAUGUGAAGUGUAUUGUUAUCUUGGCUUGCAAGUCCAAAGAUUUAAUGAUUGUAUGAAGAUUAAUCAGACUGCAUAUGUGAAAAGAGUGUUAGCCAGGUAUCAUAUGACUGACGCAAAGCCAAUAUCAUUACCAAUUGAACCUGAAUGGAUAUCUAGUAAUUCACCACCAUCUACUGAUACCGACACUUACCGAGAAAUUAUUGCCAGUCUCACGUAUUUAACAUUGGGGUCACGUCCAUAUCUAGCUUAUGCUGUAAAUGUUGUUUCAAGAGCACAAGAUUCGCCUACUGAAGCACACCUAAAAUUGAAUAAACGAUUUCUUCACUAUUUGAGGGGUACUAUAAAUGAUGGAAAAUGA